AUGCCAAAUCUUGCGCCAACGUCUGUUCUCACGCCCAGGCCUACCAUGGUGCGCGAGACUCUCAUGGAAGUCUUUCGCGGAGACGUUAUGACGAAGCUUCAACCUCUCCUCGAUCGACUCAAGAGCGAGAAUUGGAAUGGCAUCAUUCAGAAAGAUAUCAUGGAAGUCUUGACCGACAAGACUGUGAGGGUGUUGCCGAGCUUAGCAAAGCAGACUGUAAGAUUGUGGGCUACAAGAUCACAAAAUGCAAUGCUGCUAUCCUGGCUUGAACAAGCACGAGACGAUGUUGACGUGUUUCAAUGGACGGAAAGAUUCGUUGAGCCUGCCCCCUCUGCUUGGACAAUUCCCCAGUCAGCACAUUCAGUCUUUCACGAUCUAGAUGCCACUAUUACAAGAGUACCACAAUUGGAAAUUCGUGGCUUACUCCAGGCUAAUAUGAACACGCUGAGAGACAUCUUUGAUCAGCAAGAGAAAUCUCACAAGGACGAAAUGCUGCACCGCGUUGACAGUCUACAAGUGGGUAUUGCGAAGUUGCAUGGUGAGAUGGCGGCAUCUAAGCAAAUGUAUGGACAGGCUGUGACUGAAUCGGCUGCAACAGACGGUGAUACUACCAUGGCUGAUAGAGACGUGGUUGUUAUAGAGACGGACGAUGAUACUGCUGAGGAUUCUGAGUUGGAGAGAAAGAAGAAAAAGCGAAAAGGAGAGAAGAAGGGGCAGAAAAAGGAAACUCAAAACGGAGAGGUGAAGUCGAAGAAGGAGAAGAUGAAGUCGAAGAGGAAGAAGAGAUUUCAUCAAGAAAUGGAGCUGGAUUAG